UGUUGUUGCUAAGUCAGGAUGACGAUGCAGAAAAUUCUACGCUGAAAAUACACUUUUCUAAGUGAGUUAUAGAAAAAGAAUGAAUGAAACAGCUGGCCAAAUGCUGUUUCAUGUAUGCACGGUAAAGAUGCGAUUGUUUGAUUUCAAAAUGCGGCGGGUUUCGCCGAGCGCGUGCGACUUCUCACGACUCGAGUUCACCGAAAAGUUGUCGAGUCAUUUCGACUGUUUUUCACACGUCACGGUACGGAAUGAGCACCCUAAAAACCUCCCCGAGCCGCUACACUUCUUGAUUUCGGGUGAAACACGCGCCUCAAAGCAUUCUAAGAGCCAGAAGAAUCAUAUCGGGCUGCAGUCUUGUUUUUGACAAAGAAAGGAACCAAGAACAACGGGAAUAGAACAGGAUGGCGUCGAACAGACCGGGAUUGAUUCUAAGACAGCUAUUUGAUAGUGAAACCUGCACAUAUACUUACAUCCUCGGAUGCAUGUCAUCACGCAAAGCUGUGAUAAUUGAUCCAGUCGACACCAAGGUAUCCCGAGAUGCAAGGUUGCUCAAUGAGCUCAAGCUGGAAUUGGAAUGGGCAGUGAACACGCAUGUGCAUGCUGACCAUGUGACUGGUAGCGGGUAUCUGAAGGGCCUGAUAGGGUGUAAGAGUGCUAUUGCUGCUGCAAGCAAGGCCAAAGCAGAUAAGCAUUUGAACCAUGGCGAUGUGCUGCAGUAUGGAGAACAGGCCCUGGAAGCAAGAGCUACUCCUGGACACACCCACGGUUGUAUGACCUUCGUUGACCACGCCCAUCGUAUGGCGUUCACUGGUGAUGCCCUGCUUGUCAGAGCUUGUGGCAGGACUGACUUCCAACAAGGUGAUGCUACCGUCUUGUAUAAGUCCAUCCAUGACCAGAUUCUCUCCCUGCCUGGAGACUACCUUCUCUACCCUGGGCAUGACUAUAAAGGCAUGAGUGUAACCACUGUGGACGAAGAGAAGGAGUAUAAUCCACGUACUACUCGCCCCCUGAAGGAGUUCAUCGAAAUUAUGACUAAUCUUGGACUCGCAGCACCCCGGAACAUUGCACACUCCGUGCCUCUCAACAUGCUAGAUGGUGUUGGCCAAUUGGAAGACGAGAAGCUUGUGCGUAUGGACCAUGGUGACGAGUAAUGGACAGUUACCAUGGCAGUGUUCUCUCCUGAAUCGUUCACGAUGGUUUGAUAAGAUGUAAUUAAUAAACGUGUAAUUAAUGGGGGAUUAAACACUUAACCUAGAGUGCUUGCAAUAAAAGCGUGAAACACUAAAUAAUGUUUAGUACUAUUUUGUAGAAUUUAGUACUAUUUAGUGAAUUUAGUAAAAUAGUUCAAGCGUAGGCGGUGUAGAUUUCAACAAUUCAUCAUACAUUCAUCCACUGAGAGCUUGAAAUCUACACCGCCUUCACGCUUAAAUUUUUUUUUUACUAAAUUUACUAAAUAGUACUAAAUUCUACAAAAAAGUACUAAAUAUUAUGUAGCGUUUCACGUUUGUAUUGCAAGCACUGUAAUUAUCAAAGCAUACGCAAUAAUUGAUAUUCCAAGCUGUGAGCGACCUGCUUGACAUUUACUCAAGCUUGAUGGCCGGGCUCGAGAAGGGUGGCUUGGCCGAACUCCUGCCACCUGAAAUGGGGGUAGUACCGUCAAAUGAAUAAAAAUUAGUACAAAUGAAAACUACAAUAAGAUAUACUGUGCCUGUGAGGGGGGUUUAACUCGGGACACCUUUUUAGAGCCCCCCUCUUUUUCUGUGCCCCCUCCCCUCUCCCUUUCACAACCCCCAGGAUUCCAGUCGAACACAGAGCCCUCCCCUAUUCCCCCCCCCCCCCUUUGCAUGUUUUUUUUUGUAUGGUAUGUUUUUUCAAAACAUACCAAUAACUUUACACAGUGUCAAUGGAACACCAGUCGAACACAGCAUAUUUGAAACAUUCAAAAUAUUUUGUAACCGUCGUGUUAUUGUCAUCAAGUGCUUCAUGAUAUCAAUAUGCCUUUAUAUACAUAGGUUAAUGACUGUAUUAUUGACAAACCAGUGUAAAGCUUUUGUAAAACAAUGAUCAACCCUUGAAAUAAAAUAAUUUACCAAAUGUA